CUGGCGACCUCUUGAAACAGCAAACAGUGCAUGGGAAAACGACUCUGGCUUGUCCGAUCUUUAAAGCCGAGACCAUCAGAGGAGAUGAUCAUACAUGCAGAGGGGUAAAGGCUCGCUAUAUGAACGAGGUUAUCUCUCAUCUUACCGAUAAACGAUCUCACGCCCUAUUCUUGGAGGUGUGCCCAGUGUGCAAGGAAAUCGUCUUGUCCUUACCUGAGAAAGAAUCCCACGCGGAUAGCUUCAAGAAAUGCAACAACCCUUUCACGGAGAAGGGGCCCGCUGCUGCCCAGGCGCAGUGGGAAGCUUUAUUCAGGAAGCUCUUCCCCUUCCUGUCGACCGUUCCCAGUCCUUAUAACGAAAUCCCACAUAGCCCCUCCGUGUCACAUCGAGAGGCACGGUCAACGAGCCCGUUCAGAGAUAUGCAACAUCCUUUCGCCCCGGUCGCAAGGAACUGGACCUGGACCGAGCAGGUCUGGACCGGUACAGCACCAUCGUGGGACUCACGAGCCUCACAACACCCAAGCACAGCGCACCGCCGGACCGGUGGCUUGCAUGCCAAUUCCGUCUCAUCCCUUGAAAUGAUUCAACGUACCCAGUCUCAAGGCCGCACCUUUGGUCUACCAUGGCCACCAGAUACUCCUUUGCCGGAACGUUCAUCCCAAUCACCACAUCCCGAAGAUAUCCGGACGCAAAACCGUAUACUCAAAGAAGCCUUGGCAGCUGAAAGAAAAAGCAGGCUACCUGAGGGGGAGAAAGAUAAUGCAAUGGCCCUAGUGGAAGCGGACCUUACUCGGUGGAUGCACGAUGUGCAAUCGCAAGGCUUGCCAACCUCUAUCACUCUCUCGCUUCCGGAUUCACAAGGCCGGUUACCAAUGCGCACUAGCUAUAGCACAGGCUUUCGUGCGAAUGGUUCGCAAUCCUUGGUUUAUUCCCAGGAGCAUUCUCAGACCGGUGGUACCGUCGAUCCACAGUAUCAAUCUCAGCCUCCGUACGGCCCUACAGCUCAGUAUGGCUCUGCGGCGAGCUCCACUUCAACGGAUGAGUAGUAUUCCGGACAUCCUUCUUUUACGUCCACGAUGCCUGCAGUUUCCGGACAGGAGGGCGCCCAAGCCUUGACUCCGCCGACUGAGAUGUACUCAUAUCCGAUUUCCAUUCAGCACCACGAGUCUAGAACGAAUGCGAAGCCUGCGGCAAACACAGAUCCUCUCUCUGAAUUUUCUG